AUGAGGCUCAUAACAGCUUUGCUGUUGGCACUACUGCCCCUGGUGCUUGCGCAGGAUUAUUAUAAGCUAUUAGGACUAGACAAAUCUGCCGACGACAGAGACAUAAAACGUGCAUACCGAAAACUCUCUAAAAAAUUCCAUCCAGACAAGAACCCAAACGAUCCCGCCGCGCAUCAGAAAUUCGUUGAAAUCGCCGAAGCCUACGAAGCACUCUCCGACAGCGACUCCCGCCGUAUCUACGAUCAACAUGGCGCCGAAGGACUUCAACGCCACAAAUCCGGCGGCGGCGGCGGGCAUCAUGACCCCUUUGACCUCUUUUCACGCUUUUUCGGUGGUAGUGGGCACUUUGGUGGUGGCGAGCGUGGGAUGCAGAAGGGACCGAACAUGGAAGUCCGUGUAGAUAUCCCACUUGCAGAUUUCUACAAGGGCAGCGAAAAGGAGUUUUCAGUCGAGAAGCAAGUCAUCUGCGAGGAAUGCGACGGGUCGGGAAGCCAGGACGGGCACAUGGACAGCUGCAACGAAUGUGGAGGCCGUGGAGUACGGGUAGUGAAACAUAUGCUUGCCCCCGGUAUCUUCCAGCAGGUUCAGACCAGGUGCGACCGCUGCAGUGGAAAGGGCCAGAUCAUUGCGCACCCGUGCAAAGUGUGCCACGGGAACCGUGUCGUCCGGAAAACAACAACACACACCCUCUCCAUCGAGAAGGGAUCUCCUCGUGGUAUCCGAAUUUCGUUUGAAAACGAGGCUGAUGAAUCCCCUGAAUGGAUCGCCGGUGAUCUCAUUGUGAACGUCCACGAGAAAACGGCAGACGGCAAGAUCGACGAAGACGAAGCGCACGAGUACGAAGUCGGGAUUCCGGAUGGUACUUGGUUCCGUCGUCGCGGAAAAGACCUGUUCUGGAAAGAGGUGCUCUCGCUCCGAGAGGCACUGCUUGGGGACUGGACACGAAAUCUCACUCACCUCGAUGGACACGAAAUCCAACUCGGGCGGAAGCAUGGCCAGACUGUGCAACCAGGUUUUGUGGAAGCCGUCAAGGGCGAGGGAAUGCCCAUAUAUAGGAGUGAGGGCAUGGACGAGUAUGGCGACCUAUUGGUGGAGUAUGUAGUCGUACUGCCCGAUGAGAUGGAGAGCGGAAUGAGGAAGGACAUUGCCGCGGUAUUUGAGAAAUGGCGAAAAAAGAAUGGUGUGUCGCUGAAUCAGGGAAAGAAGGCAAAAAAUGUGGAGAAGGAUGAGUUGUAG